GAUCAUCGAUCCUUUUCUUCGCUACACAACUCCAUUCCCGAAGAAUGGUGGGUCUGCUCGAGAAUGCUGCUUCAUGUCGCAGAGAUUUGCGCUGAUGGGUCUGCUCGAGAAUGCCAGAGUCGAAAAGAAUGAGGCAUAGAGAACCACCAAAGUUUCCUUGUGAAACUGGGGUAGAGCUAGACAGAUUAAGCAGCUUGCCUAAGCGUGUUCUGUACCAAAUUCUGUCACAGCUCUCCAUUAGAGAUGCUGUGAGAACGAGUGCCUUGUCUAGGAAAUGGAGGUACAACUGGACGAAAAAUCCCAAUCUUGUGUUUGACAACAACUGCAUUGCAUCUCCUUCUCAAGAUCAGGCCCAUAUCAAGAACAAACUAGUUAACGUUGUUUAUCACGUCCUGCUACACCACACUGGAGCCAUUGACAAGUUUAAGCUCUCCCACCGUGAAUUGGUAGGUGCUAGCGACAUUAACCGGUGGAUUCUCCAUCUGUCGAGCCGCCCGAUCAAGGAGUUCGUCCUCGAGAUAUGGAAAGGGACUCGGUACGAGAUUCCAUGUUGUCUGUUCUCUUAUCAGAAUUUAAUCCACUUGGAGCUGUUCAAUUGUUUGCUGAGACCGCCUUCGAGUUUCAAGGGGUUUGGUAAUCUCAAGAGUCUUGAUCUGCAACAUGUCACUCUUGCACAGGAUGCGUUUGAGGAUCUAAUUACUAAUUGCCCUUUGCUCGAGAGGCUAGCUCUCAUGAAUUUUGAUGGUUUCAGUCAACUCAAGAUCAAUGCACCAAACCUGCAGUUCUUUGAUAUUGGCGGUGUCUUUGAUGAUGUGAGUUUUGAGCAUACUUUUCAUUUGACUCUUGUUUCCAUUGGGUUGUAUAAGAACCUGAAAAAUGAACGGAAUGUGGCGCUGGGUGGAAGCUCGAGUAAACUGCUCAGUUUCUUUGCUAAUCUUCCUUAUAUACGAAGGCUAGAGGUUCAGAGUUACUUUCUCACGUAUUUGGCCAUGGGAAACGUCCCAACCAGGCUGCCAAAACCAUGUACCGAUCUGAAUUACCUUUCAAUACGCGUAAACUUCAACGAUAUGGACGAGAGUGCUGCUGCUCUGUGCCUCCUGAAAAGUUCACCUAAUCUGCAAGAAGUAGAGAUGAUGGCUCGCCCGGAAGAACAGUCUGGUGGUGGAAGAACAAUAACCAGCUCCUGGGAAGAUGAUCAUUGGACUAGUCUGUUUCUCCAACUGCGAUCAGUGAAGCUAGUUGGCAUCUCUGGAGUUCAACCUGAACUCGACUGCAUAAAGUUUCUGCUCUCGAAUUCGCCGGCCCUGGAGAGAAUGAGCAUCAAGCCGAUAUUGGUUGAUGGAGGGUUGGACUUGCUCAAGGACUCGCUUCAAUUCAGUCGGGCCUCUGUUAUGGCAGAGAUAAUUUAUCUAGACCCGUAAAAAGUUGCUUCUGCUGCUAAAAUUCGUUGCUGUUGCGGAAAAGGGUAUAAACUAUGGAAUCUAUCUACCUAAGCAAUUUCUCUAUUUAUACUUCAUCAUUUCAAUUUUCUAGACUUCUUGUAAAUUCGAGAAGAAAUUCAUGUUAGGACAAAUUCUUUUAUGAUAUAAAUUGAACAUAUACCU